CGAUUCUCUCUCCUCUCCUCUGUUCCGCGUCGGCCGGGGGCCCCCUGAACUUGCGCAAGGAGAUGCUCCACUCAUGGCGGAAUCUGGAUCGUGUUUCCAGAUCUGCUCAUGAAUCCUUCUUGAUGGCCAGAUACAUUGCAGCACAUAGCCAAACGAAUCGGCCCAGCCACCUCCCUUGGGGCAAUGCUUUUUCCUGCUGCACCUCCAAUAAUACCCUCGGUGAGCAAUUUGCCUUUAUCAAAUGGAAAGACGGAGCAGAAAUUGUGAGGUCGGCCGACAUCUAUCCUAAUAGCAGCCAUCGCGAUGGGUCUAUAUACAAAAACUCUAUUCUCCAAAGCAUAGGUCAUGUUACAAAGCGUGAUGAGACACAACUGGAGCCAAUGAAGUUUUCAGAUCCCACUAAUUGCUUUCCUGACCAGCUAAGGUGUUGUAUACAUUUUGUAUGUAACAUGAUGCAAUUUUUCUCACUGAAAUUGGCUAAAGUUUCUGCAAACACAAGCUUAGUACAAUUAUAUGGAUAUAUAGCAGUGCGAGAUUCUCGGGAUUUGUUGCUUAAUUAUAUUGUCAGUCGUAGCAGGGACGAUCCCAUUGUGGUGAAACAGGGUUCUCUCAUUGAGAUGACAGGCCCUAAGAGGGGCAUUAAUAUGCUCGGUGAUGUUCUAGUUGAGUUUGACAUGAGGAUCAAGACAGGAGGGCAAAAAGAAGAUAAUGAUCUGCAACUUAUCGACGGUGUAGUAGAGUACAGCAAAGCAAAUGCACCUUUUCGUCAAUUCACAGAGCGCAUUAAUGGUAAUUGUGGUGCGGUUGACAUCACUUUAGCACGCGUUCCUGAUGCAGUGGAGGCCACAAUAGAUGUUAUCAUAUCAAAAAUGCAGAGAGGAUUCAAUUUAUCUCUCAGCUUGUUUGUGUUUAUCGGUGGGUCACAUAAGGAGAUUGAGCUCCUUUGUGAUAUUAUUGGUGAGUCGUGUGGUUUAACAAGAAGGCAUGCGAUUGCUGUACAGGAGGAGACUUGGAUGUAUUUGAAGUUCAAGGUAGGUCAGAAAGGCUCUAAUUAUAAUGAUGUAGAACGGUAUUGUCAGUUCAAAGCAAACAUUCAUGGAUGUGACUAUCAAGAAAUAAUGCUUAAGCAUGCCUCUAUCUUGGUGAAGGUGAGUUGGUCGAUCAUACCAUAA